AAAACCACCACACCAACCAGUUUGCCCUUGCCCCUGCGGCCCUGCGCCGCUCCCGAAAGAGAGGGGCCGAACCGAAGCGCAGUAGAUUCCCCUUGCCCCCGUCGACCUCUCGCCCCUCUCCCUCCUCACCAUCCUCGCCUUCCCACCUGUCCGUCUCCUUCCUCCUCCUCCCUCGCGCCGCGCCCUCCUCUCCCCGCCUCCGCGGAGGGAGAGAGAGAGAGAGAGAGCGUCCUGCGCACGAGUGCCCCCGCCCCCGAGAAGAAACCCUUGCCCGCCCCUUUCGUAUAAGCGGCCUGCCACCGGUCUCCCGGAACGCCGCCGCCGCCGCCACCACCGCCGCCGCCGCCGUUGGGUUUCCUUGUGGAGUCACUUUUGAGGGAUUUUCUGGGUUUCUGAGUCAAGGAUCAGCGCUGGAGUGGCCUCGCCGCUGCCUUCCGGUGCAUGGAGGAGUUCCUGCUCAGCCUGAACCCGUUCCGUUUCAAGCCGCUCUGGCCGGCGACGACUGCCCCCAAAUCCUUCUGAGGCCCUAGGAAAUCCUACUCCCGCCCGGGGUUCCUAGAAUCCCCGGGCCGCCGCCUCUCUCCGACUCCCUUGUUUCCUCAGAUAGUCCUCCGAGGUUUCCGAGAGGUACCUCAUCCUCCUCUGCGAACCGAGAGCUCCUAGGGCCGCAAGUCCUCCUAGGGCCGCAAGUCCUCCUUCUCUUUCCGAGGCCCUGAACGUGAGCGGUGCUGCCGGCGGCGGCCCCUCCGUCCGCGUGUUGCCGUGCCCCGGGCCUGUGUGCAAGCGUCCUUCCUUGGCGGCGUUUUAGCGUCGCGGACGAGGAUGGCGAGGGAGGACGGCCCGCAGUUCGUGCGGUGGAGGGAGGAGUUCGUGUCGCAGGAGCGCGGCAGCCGCGUCGUGCACUACUACCUCGAAGACGCGGCCGGCGUGUCGCAUCUCGCCGUCGUCGGCACCGAGAGGAGCCUGCGCCACAUGCUCUACGUGGUAUCGGAGGACUUCAGCGCCGCGUGGGGGUGCGGUGGCGGCGCUGACGACGGCGGCGCGCCGCCCGUUUUUGCGCGCAAGUGGCGGUCACGCCGUGAGGUGGUCGAUUGGCUCGCGUCCUUCCUUCCGGUGAAGGCACUUGACUCAAGUAAAAAAUUCUCAAAAUACAGAUCUUUUGCGGAUAAUGACAUUGGGUCAGAUGGGUAUGGGGAAACUGAUAGCUUUUUGCACCAAAAUCUGGGGAAAGACUGCAGCUCAGACAUUACAUGGUCUGGUUCUUUCUGGACAUGUGGCAAGGAGCGUCGGCACUAUCAAGCUUUUUGUCGCAAUGGGACCACAAUCUCCACCCACACUUUUGUGCUGAUCUUGUCAGAGGAAGAAAAUCGCUAUCUUGCAUACUUGGAAGACAUGUAUGAAGAUAAGAAGGGACUGAAGAAGAUCAAAGUGCGAUGGUUUCAUCAAAACCAGGAAUUCGCUUGUGCUAUACCUCCUCCUCCCCCUCAUCCUUGUGAAGUUUUCAUCACUCCUUUUACACAAGUAAUAAGUGUGGAAUGUGUUGAUGAUAUUGCAACUGUUUUAACUCCUGACCAUUAUGAAAAAUGCUCCAAUGCAAUGCCUACUUCUUCUUUGGCCGGGAUCCGUUUCUGCUUUCGCCAGUAUAAUAAAAAUAAGUUCAAGCAUUUUGAUUUAAGAUCACUGCGCGGGUAUUUUAGUCAAGCUGUUGUUCUGUCCUUAAAAAUUCCAGCUGAGUCAGAAAAGGAUGGUGAAUAUUGUACACCUGGGAAAACUAAGUUUCCGAAGCAGUUAGAGAGGCUUUAUUCAAAAUGUUUGGGCACUAAAAUUUGUCGAAGCCCACAGACAGACUCCAUACCAUCUUAUCAGAUAUUAAGUAAUGAGCAACCUCCUGGGAAGCAUCUCUCGAUCAAGUUUACAGUGCCUCAGAAGCAACUAAUGCCAAAAUAUAAUACUGGUGACAGAUUAGAGAUCUUGUCUCAAGACAGUGGCAUUAUUGGUUGCUGGUUCAGGUGCACUGUUCUGAAGUCAUGCACUAAUCAUAACAAAUUGAAGGUUCAGUAUGAUGAUCUCCAAAAUGCUGAUGAUAGUGGGAGAUUGGAGGAGAUGGUACCUGCCUCUGCAUUGGCUCUUCCUGAUAAACUGGGACUGAGAUGCCAAGACCGACUAAGAAUCAGGCCGCGUCCUCAAGAAAAUAGUUCUGUUGAUGGUGCUUCUCUCUUACCUGGAACUGCUGUUGAUGUCUGGCAAUUUAGUGGCUGGUGGGAAGGAGUUGUUGUCAGUUUGGACAACAUUGUGGCAGAUAGCCUUCAAGUAUAUUUUCCAGGAGAGAACUUUUUCCGUGCAUGCCAACUAAGGAAUGUUAGAAUCUCUAAAGAUUGGGUCAAGAACGGAUGGGUUCAUAUUGAAACAAAGUCAGAUGUGUUGUCACGGAUACCUUCAGAUAGUGUCCGAACAAAGCAAGCUGAUAAUGCACCAUCUGUUGGUCUGAUAGACUCCAGCAGUUCUGCAAUGCCUGAGCAAGAGCUUGCAGCUACCCAAGCAAACUCCCAUGGAGAUAAACCACUACCUAAGCAAGAGCUUGCAGCCACCCAAGCAAACUCCAACGCAGAGAAACCAUUGCCUGAGCAAGAGCUUGCAGCUACCCAAUCAAACUCCAAUGGAGAUAAACCUGUGCCUAAGCAAGAGCUUGCAGCUACCCAAGCAAACUUCAAUGGAGAUAAACCUGUGCCUGAGCAAGAGUUUGCAGCUACCCAAGCAAACUCCAAUGGAGAUAAACCCGUGUCUGAGCAAGAGCUUGCAGCUACCCAAGCAAACUCCAAUGGAGAUAAACCUGCGUCUGAGCAAGAGCUUGCAGCUACUGAAGCAAACUCCAAUGGAGAUAAACCAGUGCCUGAGCAAGAGCUUGCAGCUACCGAAGCAAACUCCACUGGAGAUAAACCAGUGCCUAAGCAAGAGCUUGCAGCUACCCAAUCAAAUUCCAAUGGAGAUAAACCUGUGCCUGAGCAAGAGCUUGCAGCUACUCAAGCCAACUUCAAUGGAGAUAAUAAACAAACAGAAGCAAAUAACCAAUCCGAGGUUAGUAUGACUGAUGAGGACUUCAAUGGAGAUAAUAAACAAACAGAAGCAAGUAAGCAAUCCGAGGUUAGUAUGACUGAUGAGAACCCUCUAGUGGAGGAUGACAAGCGAACAAUUCUAGGGAAGCAUCCCAGGGAUUUUAGUAUGGCUGAUGAAGCCUCAGCUUUUGUGGAGGAUGACAAGCGAAAGCGUCCCAGGGAUGACAAUGAUGCUGAACAGAAAUGCAACGGGGAAGUAGGUGUAGAUGUUAGCAAGACAUGAUGUUUGGAAAGUGUCCCAGGGAUGACGACGAUGCUUGCAAUCCAUGAGUACAUAGCUAUAGAUAUGGUAACUGGAACCCCCAAUGGCAGGGUUUUACUACGCUGCUGAUAUCUGAGCGUAUUGUCGCCUCUUUGCCAUACACAAACCUCUCCUAGUUUUAUUAUUUUGCUGGUAGUUUUGUUUAUGUUAAGAGACACAUGGAUUGCAAGCUGAAUGGUACCCUUUUCAGGCGCGUUGUAUAGCAAUCUAUAUGAUUUUUUAUCUGUCGGUGUUUUCUGCUCGAGUAUAGUUCAA